AUGCCCUGCUUUUCAGCAUCCAAUGUGCGUUUCGUGAGCGCCGAUGCGCAAUUGAAACAAAAAUGUCAAGAACUACGUGCUCGGGCACAAACUGCUGCCUAUCGUCCACCGGCGGGAGGAUUUCGUCCCUCCACUCAGAUGUCCUAUGUACCCUUUCGAAGACGCUGUGCAGAUGACUCGGCGGCCUACGAUCAGAAGCAAUUGAAACGUAAUGAGAGAGAGCGCAAGCGAAAUCAGGGAUGCAAAAGUGUUGUUCUACGUCCCCAGGACAUGAGACGGCUCAAAGAGCAAGGAAAAGUCAUAACAAUACCAGAAAGAUUACGAAACAUAGAACAAAAUGAUGAGGAACAUCGCCGACAACUGCAAAUGGUAGAGGAAGCUCGUCAGCGUUUCAAAAAAAUUGACGAAGCUCGCCAGGCUGAGGCUGGCAGCGGCAAAUCGAACCAAUUGGAAAGUGAAAUUCUGGACGAGAAAUUGUCGGUGCUGACGCGUGCUUUUUUGGCCAAACAAGAGCAAGAGGAGGAGGUUAAGCAAAUCAAUCGCAUGAUUUUGGAUGCCAAAUGCAAGGCAGUGCGAGAGGCACAAAUCCAAGAGAAAUAUCUACUUGCCAAGGCACUGAGAGAGGAUGAUGAACGCAUGGCGAAAAUGGUCAAUGAAAGGGCCAAAAAGGCGCUCACUGCUGAGGAUGAACGAGAACGUUUAGAGGUCGAGAAACGUGCAAAAUACGCUCAGGAAAUACGCCAGCAAUUGAGUGAGAGGGAAAAUCGUCGUUAUCUGGAGGCCAAACGUGUGGCCGAGGAAGCCAAAGACAUCCGCAAGGCAACCGAAUUGCUUAAAGAGGAAGAGGAGAAACAACGUAAUUUCAUUCAAGUGCGCAAACAACGUUUUCGUGAUGAACUUAAACGCAUCCGCGAAAUGUCGAAUGUGUUUAAGCAAAUGCUCUUGGAACAAGAACGCCUGGCUGACCUUCGUGUGGUCGCCUAUAUGCGUGAGAAGCAGGAGAAGGAGCGCCAACUGAAAGAGAUACGAAAGGUGGCCAAAAAGGAGUUCGAACGACGGCAACAGCGCAUCUAUACGGUGGCCGCCGAAGCAUUGGAAACACGACAGACCAGCGAAGAGUUGAAAUAUCUCAAGGAACGUGAUCGGGUCGAACGGGAGUAUAGGCAAAAGGAGAAGCUGGCGGCCAUUACCAAACGAGAGACAGAGCGAGAUCUCCUGGCAUCGAGGGCCCAACAGGCCCAAGAGAUGAAAAACCGCUUAGCCCUCGAAAUAGCCCAUGCCGAGGAGGAGUUCAACAAGGUCAUGGAUCGCAUGCGUGAGGAGGAGGAGAAGCAGAAAUGCAUCGAUCGUCAACGCGAGAGUCAACGUCGUCUCUAUCAGCGCGAUCUUAAGCAACAGAUGACUGACAAAGAAGCCGAACGUCGUCGCAUCUCCGAAAUUGAACAGACACGCGUCAAGCAAUGGCUCGAGAAUGAACAGCAACGCGAUGCCAAUAUCAAGCAGGUGAUUAGUUCGAAAAUUGCCGCCAUGCGUGAGAAUUGUUUGCCCGAAAAGUAUUUAAAGGAGGUGGAAAAGCAGCUCAAGAACAUUCAGAGUAGUCGCAAUCGCAUACGCUAA